UCUUAUGUCAAAGAACGCAAAAGCUAAGCGAGCACAAACAAACAAAAUGCGAAAUAGUUAAUUGUUUUCAAUAAGUAAUUACUUACAAUAUCAUCCAAAUAUUUGUGAAGACCAACCACUUACUAGCUGAGAUCGAGAGAAAUAGUAAAAAUGGCAGAAGAAGAAGUACCUUCGGAUAGUAGUAUUUUAGUAAUAAUAGUGGACACAAAUCCGAACCAGCGCUACAUCACAGAAGACCCCAAAGUCCUCACAAGCUGCCUCGAUGCUGUGAUAGCCUUCGCCAACUCUCACUUGAUGCAAAGAUCGACCAAUCAGCUGGCCGUUAUUGGGUGUCAUUUUCAUAAGAGUGAAUACUUAUACCCCUCUCCUGGCAAACCUCUAGAUGUGAGACAAAUAGAUGGACAAUAUGAAUUGUUUACGUUAGUAGAGAAAACUAUUAAAGCAAGACUAGUGAACCUGAUCAAGAGUCAGCCACCAGAGGAAAAACCUGGGGAAUCUCUUCUUGCUGGAGCAUUAGCUAUGGCAUUAUGUUACAUUGCGAGAGUGCGUCGCUCGCACGGCAACGCGGCGCGAGUGUGCGCGCGCGCGCUGACGGUGACGGGCAGCGCCGACACGGCCGCGCAGUACAUCAACUACAUGAACGUGUUUUUCACCGCUCAGAAGCAGCAGGUGGUGAUCGACGUGUGUUCGCUGGACAAGCACCUGAGCCUGCUGCAGCAGGGCUGCGACAUCACCGGCGGGCUCUACCUCAAGAUACCGUCGCUGGAGGGCCUGCUGCAGUACCUGCUGUGGGUGUUCCUGCCUGAGGCGAACGAACGCAACAAACUAGUGUUGCCCGGCAGAGGGCGCGUGGACUACAGGGCCGCCUGCUUCUGUCACAGAGAACUGCUCACUAUAGGAUACGUGUGCUCCGUGUGCCUCAGCGUGUUUUGCAAAUUCAGCCCCAUAUGCACCACCUGCCACACCGUGUUCAAAAUCGGCGGCCCGCUGCCCAUUAAGCCCAAGAAGAGGAAGAAGGUGUAAAGUAACCCAUUUCUCUGUGUAAAUACGUCUUCAAUAUACAUUUUAUUAUGAC